UUGUUUUAAUUUUUCAGUUUAAGAAAUAAUUUUUAAAAUGGAUUUAUAACAGUCUAUAAAUAGUGGAUCAGUCAUGUCGUUAUCAUCUCUUUAUGAUGGCGUUGGAUUUGCAGGAGGAGAUAGAGACAACAAAGGUCUUGAUUCUAAUCAAAUGGCUGGAUGGUCAGAUAACUUACAAUUCAUGAAAACACAAUUACAAUUAAGAAAAGCAUUAAAAGUUCCAGGUCCAGCAUUUAAAGGUGGCAAAGGUUUAUCAUCAGCUGGCCCUGGUACAAUUACACUGUCAAAUAUGAGUGGUACUAACGAGAAUAAGCCAGUGCUUGUUGAUGAAUAUAAUCCGUUGCGUCCAAAUGAUUAUGGAGAAUUCAAAGAGCAGGCACGUGAAAAAGAAGAACAAGAAAGAAAAGAGAGAGAACGUGAAAAGGAUAGAGAAAGAAGAGAAAAAGAAAGAUCAGAAGAUUCCAGAGAUGAUAGAAAAAGAAGAGGUGGAAGUCAUGAAAGAGACGACAGUCGAAGAAGGAGAAGAGAUGAAGACCGACUUAAAGAUAGAGGUCGUGCAGCUAUUGCCCCACCAGCAUCAUUGCUUGAAGCAACACCUGUUAACCCAGAUUUAAUUGUGAAGAAAGAUGGUGCAGGCACUGGAGGUUUUCAAACUGGGAAUGUUGUUGCUUCUCAAAUUAUGGCUAAGUAUGGGUGGAAAGAAGGACAAGGGUUAGGAAGAGAAGAACAAGGGUUGUCUACCUGUUUACAAGUCGAAAAAACAGGUAAGAGAGCUGGAAAAAUAAUCAAUAAAGAUGUUGAAAAAAUUAAAAACAAAGAGAAAGACGUUCCUUCUCCACCCCCAGAUGUUGAAGAAGUAAUAGAAAGCAAUAUAACAGACAAAAUGAAAAACCCAUCUAAAGUAGUAUUACUAAUGAAUAUGGUUGGCCCUGGUGAAGUUGACGAUGAGCUGCAACCAGAAAUAGAAGAAGAGUGUGGUUCAAAGUACGGAGAAAUCAAUAAAGUGUUAAUUUUUGAAAUUCCUGAUGCAGUCGAAGAGGAGGCCGUUCGUAUAUUUGUUGAAUUUAAACGAAUUGAAUCAGCCGUCAAAGCUCUCGUGGAUUUAAAUGGACGCUUCUUUGGUGGACGCAGUGUAUCUGCUCAAUUUUAUAAUUUGGAUCGAUUUAGAAGACUUGAUCUUGCUGGAUGAAAUAUGGUUGCAUUUGUUCGAAUUUGAAAAUCUAAUUCUGCUUAUACCCUGAUGAAGAUCAGCUAUUGGUACUUCACUAUUUCUUGUUUUGAAAAGUAAAAGACAAACUUUAAAAAAAAAAAGCAUAAAGAAAUACAUGAUCGACAUCUAAGUAAUACAUUACAAAUACAACCAGCUAAAAAAGACAAUUGUUUUGACAAUACAUUUUAUUUUAUUUUUUUCACUGGCUAAUACAUUAUUGGUAUACAUAUUAUAUAGACAGAAUCUCAA